AUGAAGGUGUGCAUUGCUCUCUCGCUCGCGUUGGCCUCCGCCUCCGCCCUUCCAGCCUUCUUCUCCAACCCGUUCACACUCUCUUCUGAAACCAACAGACUCAUCAAGUUGGGCCCAGACGAAUACAGACUCGUUUCUGAAGCUGACAAAUUGAAGCUCAGAAGAUCCAAUGUCAACUUUAUCGAUGUGACUCGUCAUGUUCCUGUUGAAAAAGUCGUUCAGGACGGAGUUAUCGGGGCCCCUGAGCAAUCCUUCUUUACUACUCUCAAGACCUUAGGCUCCAAGCAGCUCCACCAUUUGGCAAAAGAGCCACCGGUGUACAAUUACCCAAAGAAAGCCCACUAUAAAGAUGAAGUCAACCGUUUGAUUGCUGCCAUUGACGUCGACUCUAUUACUGCAAACUUGAACAAGUUCACCUCCUUCUACACAAGAUACUAUAAGUCCGAGUCGGGUUUUGAAAGUGCCAACUGGCUCUACGACUACAUUUCUUCGCUUGUAGCUCCAGUGAAGGAAAAGGUUUCUGUGACCAAGUUCCACCACGAUGGCUGGGACCAGUUCUCAAUCAUUGUUUCGAUUCCUGGUGAAGUAGCUGACAAAGUGGUCGUUGGUGCCCAUCAGGAUUCCAUCAACUUGUUGUUUCCCAACUUGUUGAAGGCUCCUGGAGCCGACGAUGACGGUUCAGGUACAGUAACUAUCUUGGAAGUGUUGAGACUUCUUCUUGGCGAGUACGAAGCAAAGACUUUCAAACCAUAUAACACCUUAGAAUUCCACUUCUUUUCGGCCGAAGAAGGUGGAUUGCUCGGCUCUAUUGAUGUUUUCAGUAAUUACUCUAGCUAUGACGAAGUGGUCGUAGGUAUGUUGCAACAGGAUAUGACUGGAUAUUCUGCAGGCAGCGUAGAUGCUGGUGUCGAGCCACACAUUGGUUUGAUAACAGACUACACCAGUGUAGCCUUGAACGACUUCUUGAAGGUUCUUGUGGAUACUUACAAUGAUAUUCCUUACCACGAAUCGUCCUGUGGUUACGCUUGUUCCGACCACGCUUCAGCUAUUGAAAAUGGGUACCCAGCUUCGUUCUUGAUCGAAUCGGAAAUGAAAUACACUAGCAAAUAUAUCCAUUCUGUGCUAGACACUGUGGACAGAAUCGACUGGGACCAUGUCACGGAACACGUCAAGUUGACCAUUGCCUACGCCUACGAGUUGUCGUUGGCCAAAAAGUUACAUUGA